AUGUCGGUCCUGAGUGACGAGGAAUCAGAUGAGGAGCUCUUCCUCAUAGAGACUCGGCCGAAAAUCCAUGCUCUGAACUUGGAGAGCGAAGAUGAGAGAUUCUCCGCAAAGGAUGAUCGGCUAGGUCCGCCGGUCGCUGCGUGGAGGAGUAAUCUGGCAGCUUCCUCUCAGCGCCGGAAUCUCAUUUUCGUGGCCCAUGGUGCCGAUAUCUAUGCCUGGAUACCACAUGGACCUCAUCAAACUUUGGGCACGCAGCCCGCAAUGAUUAUGAACCCUGUUAUGAAGAACCCACGUGCCGCCGGAUAUAUCGACCGAACAGCGCCUCACACUAUCAAUAAUGUCCUGGUGGACGAUCUCGGCAGGGAUGAGGUCUUGCUACUGGCUACGGAUUCUGGGAAUAUAUGUGCCUACCAUGUAGAGGCGAUCUAUUCGGCCAUCAUGCGAUGUACCAGUGCCGGAUAUAAACGACCAUAUUCUGGCUCAGAAGUGAAUCCAUUUUUCGUGGAGAAUGUUGGUAUGAGUGCUUGGGGUCUUGCCAUGCAUAAAUUCGCUCGCCUCAUUGCCGUCAGCGCAAAUACUCGGCAAAUCACCGUAUUCGCCUUUGCUCUGGUAGAUUCCACAUCGAUCAAUAGCGAUGAUAAGUCACAGCCGUCCAUCAACCAAACAACCGAGCAAGUGGACGAUGCUUGGGUGAAAAUUGAGUCCCAAAGGGAUCUUCGAAACCUCCGGAAAUCAAUGCCUGCUAACCAUCGAUCUAAAAACUUGCGGCUUACUUAUAGAGGCCAUUUGGACAACAUUCCCUGCGUGUCAUUCGCGAACUUUGAUCUGGAUGCAAAUGGCGAAUGGAUGGUCAGCACAGAUAUCACCAACCGAGUCAUAGUCUGGCGCAUCUGGGACUUUCUAUCACCAUUUGAGAUCUACUAUCCUGGCCACCCUUACAACAACCCACCUCAAAGGGGCUGGACUGUCCUCCCGCUGGAUCCUCGGACGUUCAAGCAUUGCAAAUUCAGGGAAGAAGCGUGUGGCUGUGAGCCAGCCUCAGAGAUGAUUGACUCACGGACAGUGUUGGAUGUGUCGAGAGCUAUUGAGGAUGUUUACGAUGCGUCUCAAGUUUUUGACCCCGAUUAUCAGCAAAUUCCAGACGCGUCUGACGAGGAAGUUGAUCAUGGCCUUCCUGUGGAAAUUUUCUCAAGCUCCAGGGACGACCAAGCAGUGGAUUUGAAGCAAGAGGAAGGGGGAUACCAAGCCAAGCGAUACAAUACUGGAUCAGAAAACUGCAUCAAAAGCAAGAAGAAGAACGGAUCGCGUCACAGAAUUCCAGAGCAGCCAGCUCUCGCUACCAUGAUUGAUAAGGACAACCAGCACUAUCGGGUGCGACCGGAUUUAUAUCAUGUCUCUGCAUUUGACCAGCAACCUGAUCUGGACGCUUUGAAAGCACGCCCUGUCCAUCCAAAAUCUCCCACUUUCUUUCCCGUCAUCCACUUCUCAGAACACCAUAUCAGCUUGGCUCCAUAUCCCUUGGAUUCCGAAUACCACAUUCUCUGCAAGAAUCCUCUCUUCCAGCGCGUAUUCUUUGAGGUCGAAAUCAGUGCCUACUGCGACCGGUUUAACAUGGUUAAAUACAUUCCUGAUCUGGGAAUUGUGGUGGCUGCGUCUCAGAAAGGUCGUGUGGCCAUCAUCUCUCUCACCUGGCAAGAGAAGAUUGGGUUUGGUUUCCGGCUCGACUGGAUCGUGCCAUUCAAAAGCCAAGAGGCCGGGAAUGUUCGCCCCAAGAUUCCCCUUCUAGGUCUUAUCGUAAGCCCAAUGCCCGGAUAUGAGAAUCCGCCCGACGUCCCCCAUAUUCCGCAAAACAUCGAUCCAAAUGACCAUCUCGCUUUCAAUUAUCGCACCGUCGAUCCUGAAGAAAGUGAUCCAAGCGCAUCCUCCUCUUCAUCCAGUUUCUCCCGUGAUCAAAAUUCCCAGCACACGCACUUUCACAGACCGUCAGACCAGUCUAUCCCAGAUCUGGGAUCUAGUCCUGACCCUGAACAAACAUCCGACUCCGAAGAACCCGGAUCUGAUAAAUCCAUGGAAGACUCGGACAACGACACCCCACAUUCAAAACCCAUUAAUGCCACUCACACGGUAGCCGAGGUUCACGCCCAGGCUUCACGCUCUUUCCGGCCCCAUGAAUGGUGGCACGGUUACCAUCCUUCUCGACACUACCGUCUUCUCUUACUAUUCUACGACCACACCGUGAUGAGCUAUGAGUUCUGGCACGACUGGAAGUAUACAAAUAAAGACCAAAACACCUUCGAGUGA